AUGCAGGAGGACUUCACUUAUGAUGGCCUUACCAUUCGGGCCCCUCAGCGGACUCGCUGGUAUACCCGCCUGUGGUCUGCAUGCCGGGGUUGUGGGUGCUUGUGUCGAAAAAAGCGAUUUCACUUGCACCUUAUUGGGUAUGAUCCCGUGGGACGGUUCCAAAGGGCGGCUGCUGUGGGUGAUGUCGCUUUAGUGGAGCGAUUGAUCAAUGCCAGUGAACACCAUGUUAAUGAAUGUGACCGGAGGCACAGGAGUCCACUUCACUACGCCUCUGCCCAUAAUCAUCCAAAUGUAGUAAGAUUGCUAUCAUCCCACGACUGUACUGAUAUUAAUAUGAAGGAUGAUGAAGGCUGCACACCCUUAAUUAAGGCCACCCAGCGGGACAAUUUAGAAUGUGUCGCCAUUCUUCUCAUGCACGGUGCUGAUCCCAACAUUGUAGAUGACAGUGGCUAUGCUGCCCUCCACUACGCCAUUUGCAGAGGGAACAUACCAGUUGUCCGCAAACUACUGGAGUAUAAUGUAGAUAUUAAAACCAAAACAGAGGUAAGAAUCAUUCAACUUCGUUCACAGUGUACUUCCAGCCGUGACACUCAGAUCACUUUCCACAUUCUGAAGCUCAGGCAGUCUCACUGAAUCUGUUCAG